UUCGUCCGGCGGGAAUCCAAGAUUUGCAGCGGCAAACCAAAUAUCUGUUUUCCGAGAGCUUUAGGGAAUUUCCAGUUCGGACGAUCAAUAACAGCAUUGUUCUUGGUUUCCUUUAAUUCUUCAACAAAAACGGCCUACAAUUCUACCCACCUUUCAAGAUGCUCCAAGUUGCAGCUUCUGGCUCUCUUCAUGUAAAAUCAAGCCUGUAUUCUUUCCAAAUCUGUAGAAACCCAGUUGAACCUGCUCAAUUACAUGCUGUAUCAGUGAAAACAGCAACUUUUCAUGAUCCUUUGAUCUCUUCUCGCCUUAUAUCUCUCUAUGCCAAUUCUAAAAUCAACACCCUUGAUCAUGUCCGCUCUGUGUUCGACCAAAUGCAACAACCAACUUUGUUUUCUUGGAACGUUCUCAUCAAGUCCUACGUCGAAAACCAGCGUUCGCAAGAAUCCCUCCUCUUGUUUCUUGAAUUUAUGUCGCGGUCAGGCUUAAUGCCUGAUGUUUUUACUUUGCCUUGUGUGAUUAAAGGGUGUGGAAGAUUAAUGGCGAUCAAAGAAGGGGAGCAGAUUCAUGGGUUAGUUUUGAAGUUUGGGUUUGGUUCGGAGGUGUUUGUUCAGAGCAGUUUGGUGAGUAUGUAUUCGAAAUGUAAAGAUAUCGAUUCUGCACGAAAGGUGUUUGAUGGGAUGACUCACAAGGAUUUGACUUCGUGGAACUCUUUGAUGGACGGGUAUGUAAAAUCUGGUGACAUUGAACUUGCAAAAGAGUUAUUUGAUGAGAUGACUGAGAGGGAUGUUGUCUCAUGGACGGUGUUGGUUGAUGGGUUGUCAAAAUGUGGCAAAGUUGAUGAUGCCCGAAGGGUGUUUGAUGAAAUGCCGAGCAAGAACUUGGCAUCCUGGAACGCCAUGAUUAACGGGUAUAUGAAAGCGGGCAACUUUGUUUCUGCUCGUAACUUGUUUGACCAAAUGGAAGAUCGAGACAUCAUCUCUUGGAAUUUGAUGAUUGCAGGGUAUGAAUGCAAUGGAAGGUUUUCAGAAGCUCUAAAGCUGUUUACGGAACUGCUAAACUCGCUAUACGUACCUACUCAUAGUACGUUGGUCAGCACUCUAUCUGCUAUUUCUUGGCUAGCUCUUCUUAGCAAGGGAAGGUGGGUUCAUUCUUAUAUCGUUAAAAACGGACAUAAAUUAGAUGGAGUUCUCGGUACUUCGCUAAUAGAAAUGUAUUGCAAAUGUGGGAGCAUUGAGAAUGCUUUGAAGGUUUUUGAAGCUAUACCCAAGAAAAAAUUGGGCCAUUGGACCACUAUAAUCGUAGGAUUAGGAAUCCAUGGACAGGCUAAGCAUGCUCUUGAACUAUUCCAUGAAAUGGUUAAAAUUAACAUCAUCCCUAUUGCUGUAACCUUCAUCGGUGUGUUGAAUGCUUGUAAUCAUGCAGGUUUGGUUGAAGAUGGUCGAAGAUAUUUCAAUAUGAUGGUUAACAAUUAUGGAAUAGAACCCACAAUCGAGCAUUAUGGCUGUCUUGUUGACAUUCUUUGCCGAGCGGGUCAUCUUGAGGAAGCAAAGAAUGUGAUAGAAAAAAUGCCCAUGAAACCAAACAAGAUUAUUUGGAUGAGUUUGCUUAGCUCUUCAAGAAUCUAUAGAAAUAUGGAAAUUGGGGAAUUUGCCGCUUGCCAUUUAACCAAGAUUGCGCCAAAUGCCAUUGAAAGUUACGUGCUUUUGUCUAACAUGUAUGCUGCAACUGGGAAUUGGGAUAAAGUGUCGAAUAUUAGAGAAACGAUGAGGAAAACAGGCGUGAAAAAAGAUCCUGGAUGCAGUUUGAUAGAGUAUAAAGAUUCGGUUCAUGAGUUUACGGUGGGCGAUAAAUCACAUCCUCAGACUGACGAGAUAUACGAUAAGUUGAGCGAGAUUAGGGAGCAACUGAAAUCUUUAGGGCACGUGCCCGAUAAAACGCAAGUUCUGCUGCAUAUCGAAGGGGAUGAUGAGAAGGAAAUGGAGUUGGAAAGCCAUAGCGAGAGGUUAGCGAUUGCCUUUGGUCUAAUUAAUAUGAAACCAGGGAUCCCAAUUCGGAUAGUGAAGAAUCUUCGUGUCUGCAAUGAUUGUCACUCGGUUACGAAGCUUCUGUCCAAGAUCUACGAUCGUGAAAUCAUUGUCAGGGACAAUAGCCGUUAUCAUCAUUUCAAAAACGGAUCAUGUUCUUGCAUGGAUUAUUGGUGAUGACUAUUGAGGCAGGUUAAAGUGAAAACCGUAAAUAUUUUGAGAACGUGGUACCAACUAUUCUGCUUUAUUCAUGACGAAUGUCGUGAUAGAUAUUCAAUGAUGAAUCAUUCAUUAUCAUGAAAAUACAUGAUAUUUAUGAUGAUAAUGCAUGAUAUUCAUGACAACAAUAUUCAUCAUUAUUCAAGGUUAUUCAUCAUAAAUAAUACAUGAAAUACUUGGUUCCCUGAUGUUGGUGAUGAGGUGAACUAUCAUGAUCUCACCUGCCAAAAGAAUCUUAUGAAUCUGCACAAUGGGAGUCUGUUUUCGAUUCAGAUGCAAAAUCGAUCACUGAUUUGAAGACGAUUUGCAGGUUCAGUUCUUGCGUCUACAUACUGCUAUCAACCGGCUAUAGCAUGGUGAUGAUCAAAGGUUAAAUCUUUACUUUCUGAAAGUUGGAUCAGUUUAUUCAUCAAUGUUUUAGGAGCUGUUCAGUGGUUUUUCUAUUAAGUCCUAUAUAUAUUAAGUUUUUUGUAUGAAUUAAGCCAUACAUUACAUUAAGCCAAUUAGAGCCAUUUCCGAACAAGCCCUUAGUUUCUUUCGUUCCAUAGUUCUCUUUUGUUUAUA